AUGGUUGCAAAGAUGUUGAUCGCUGCACUUUGCGUGGUGGCGCUGCUGAGUACAAAUGACGUGCUUGCACAGGGGAAAGGAAACAGAAACAAGAGAGUGAAAUGUAAUGAUUACGGGUACAGGAAGAGCUGCUAUGGAUACGAGCAAUACUGUCCGGAUGAGUGUGCGUAUAGGUGCGUGAUGGACUGCAAAAGUUGCAAGGCUGUUUGCCCGUGCAAUAAGCCCGGAGGCGUGUGCCAGGAUCCUCGAUUCAUUGGCGGAGAUGGCAUCAUGUUCUAUUUCCACGGUAAGAAAGACCAGAACUUCUGUUUGGUGUCGGACUCAGAGCUCCAUAUCAAUGCUCACUUCAUCGGCAAGAGAGGCGAAGGAAUGGGCAGAGACUUCACGUGGGUGCAGUCCAUUGGAGUGCUGUUCGGCGGUAACCGCCAGCUCUUCCUAGGAGCCAACAAGGUGUCCUCCUGGGACGAUUCCCUUGACCAACUCGCCAUUGCCUUGGACGGAAAAUUCAUCCAACUUUCUAACCAGGAGGGAGCCACUGCCACUCUACCUCUGUCUUCUUCCAAUCUGAAAAUCUUUCGAUCUGACAAAACUAAUGCGGUGACGGUUAAGGUGGAGAACAAGUUUAUGUUUACAGCCCGCGUUGUGCCCAUCACUCCCGAGGAGUCUGGAAUCCACAACUACGGAAUCACCUCCGAGUCGGAGCACUGCUUUGCCCAUCUGGAGCUGAGCUUCAAGUUCUACUCUCUCAGUCCCCGUGUCACCGGUGUGCUUGGGCAAACAUACGGAGCAGAGUACAGGAGCCCCAUUAACCUGGGCGCCGCCAUGCCAGUGGUGGGAGGUGAGGCCGAUUAUGUGACGACCAAUCUGUUUGCCAUUGACUGCAAAGUUGCUAUUGUUCAUGCUUCAUUGCUUCUCCGUGUGACAGAUUGUUUUAGCUUGCAGAAGAUCUUUAGGCUCUUCCAAUCUGGGGUUUCAGGCAAUUUUUUGUUGUGUGCUUAUGGAUAG